AUGGUACCAACAACUGCAGUACCAACGCAGUCUGCGUGGAGGACUGUGGAGUCCAACUACAUCUCCUUCAAGGUUGUAGACCUGGAUCCAACCAAAGACUAUGACAACAAAACAUCAGCCGACUACUUAGAGCUGACAGCCCUACUGGAGGAGCUGAUUAGGAACAUCACAGGCGACAUCCUAUCGGUUCAGUUGGUUGACGUCAGACUUCCAGACGCAGGGGUGAUCUUCCAAAUCAACACCACAGUAUCAGAUGUUGAUGCAGUCCGAGAAUCCAUUUUCAACGAGUCUGUAAACGACGUGCUCGGGCCAUUUACAGUAGACGGGAACGCUACAACCUUUGGGCCAAUAUAUUCUCGAUGCUAA